AUGACCCCCCGGCAACUUCCGCAGUCAGCAACUGCAUCUGACAGACCGUCAGCGCACGAAUGGUAUGGCGUAACGGACGCGAAGGAGCGGCGAAGGCUUCAGAAUCGGGCGAAUCAGAGGGCUCACCGCUCUAGAAAGCGGACUGGCCAAACCCAUACCACACAAUCAGGGCAGGCGCAUGCACAGGCGGGACCUUUGCAGCAGAAACCUAGGCCCAACGCUACCGCGAAUCCGCUACUAGCACGCCUUGAAAGUCUCGAAGCUGCACUAGGCGUUCUCGUGGAGCCUAGCCAUCGUCCAGCCGAAGGCCUGACUCGAAGUACAAGUACGAACGCCGGCAGUAGAAAGCCCCCGCAUGAUAAAUCAGGGACAGCCGGAGGCUACCUAUAUUACGCCGCCCAGUGGGCUACCAUCCCCGACGUUAGGAAAAAGGCGAUCCUGCUCGCCCAAGUCGCGCGGUUCCACCGCAGCUACACGCUGAACAACCCCUGCUCCGACCACCUGCUUUCCCUAACGCGCGUGAACGUCCACCGCGCCUUCGUCGCGAACAUGGAUACCCUGGGUAUAACCUGGGAAUGGAUGAGAGACGACUCGAUCUCCCCCUUCUCCAUCCAGACAUCCAGCCCCCGCCCCGCGACUUUCUCUACUCAACUCGCUUCCCUACCAUCCGCACUCCAACCCACACCCCUCCAACUAGCGAGUAUCUACCACACCUGGAUAAACCUCUUCCCGUGCCCGAUUAUGCGCGAUAACUUGAUCCGCGCCGGGAACGAGUGGGACGACGAGGAGCUGUGUACGGACAUCAUGGGGUUCUGGGAUGGAAAUGCGCAGGGGCCGCAUGGGCUGAUUGUUUGGGGGGAUCCCGCUGAUCCAAGCUGCUGGGAGGUUAGUGAGGGGUUUGUGAGGAAGUGGGGGUGGAUUGUUAGGGGGUGUGGGGGGUUGAUGGCGUCUACGAAUUAUUGGAGGGGGAAGAGGGGGUUGAGGGCGUUGGGUUGGGGGUCUUGA